AAGCCCCUUACUUGACCUCUUUUUUCCUGUGCACAUUAGCAAGAUGCCAGGUGUAAGCGUCAAGGACGUGGAUCAGCAUAAAUUUACCAAAGCCUUGGGCGCCUUCCUGAAGAAGUCAGGCAAGUUGAAGGUACCUGAGUGGACAGACCUGGUCAAACUGGCUCGUUUCAAUGAACUAAGCCCAUAUGAUGAUGACUGGUUCUACAUUAGAUGCGCUUCCAUUGCCCGUCACUUGUACGUCAGAGCCCCAGUUGGUGUGGGAACCCUCACUAAAGUCUACGGAGCUCGCAAGAAUAAUGGCACAGCCCCAAGUCACUGGUGUAGAGGCAGUGCCUCCGUAGCCAGAAAAUGCCUUCAGGCGCUAGAAGGACUCAAGAUGGUAGAGCAGGAUCAGAAUGGUGGUCGCAGGUUAUCAAGCCAAGGACGCAGAGAUCUGGAUAGAAUUGCAUCACAGAUCAACAGGCCUAAAAAGUAAAGCUGUUACGAUGGGAUAAGAAGCAAAUAAAUUGCCAGCAGCAGGGAGUUUGUGAAGUGAACAAUUAUCAGUAAAAAUCUUCACAAGUGGAACAGAUAUGCAAGGCUGAAUAGACUGUUGAGAAACGUUCGUUUGGGUAUUUCAUGUUACAUCAUGUGAAAUUCUACAUCAAAAUGAAGUAAAAUAAAAUAAAUUGUACUAAGGA